ACUUGGCCAGACUCAGCGAGAGUGAGCUGGUGAGUGAGGUUAACAUAGCAAAUAAAACCAAAAGGGUUACUGCAAUAAAACCCAAGUAACUCUUUCCUUUUCCUUUUCUUUUUCUUUUUCUUUUUUGGGAUUUCAUAGUGAACUUUUACAUUUAUUCUUUGAUUCCACAUCCCGACUUUUCAUUCCCAGAUCCGGUCGCGCACCCGUAUAUAUCGGAAUCAUACCUCUGCAGAAACAUUGAUGGAAGGAGCUGCACCUAGGCAUCGACGACAACAACAUUUAUUAGGAACUUGAGAACACAUCGCGUGAUAGAUCAAUCAUCUUACUUGGACUCAUUCCAAGCCAUCAGUGUUUUCCUCAAAUACUAUCUAUGCGCAUAUAUUCAUAAUAUUCAUUUCAAUUCUACAUUCUUUCUUUGUUAUUUGAUUCUUGCCUACAGUCACCUUAAGAAAUUGCGACAGAUCUCUUUCUUCAUGUCAGCUUAAAUAUGACAUAGUGACAACAUGGAUGAACAGAAACUUAGUACAGAUAGGUCACUGGCGACGCGGAGUGAUGGAGAUGCGGCGACAGAAAGCAAUGGUAAUGAGGUUAAGUUUGAUGAUCAAUAUUCAAGCAAAGCACAAAACAAGACGUCGUUUAAAGAUUUUAUAGUAAGAAGUCAUCAUAUUGCUUACCAUGGUUACACAAAACUAAUAACUCUGAUAGAGAAUUUUUUCAUACUCGACUUCGGGUGAUAAGUUUGUCCUGGUGAUUGCGUGUAUCGCACAGAUUGGAACUGGAGUCGUAUGUUUGUUUACUACCCAUAUUGGAGGUUGCUCGGCUGAUGCUUUGAUAGACUUUACCACUUAUGAACAUAGUCUUUGGUAAAUAUUGUCCAUUUUUCUUAUUCUGAGAGCUAUACAUUAAUGACCAUGAUAGGGAAACUUGUGGGAAACUUUUCAGAUUAUUUUCUACCUGGCACAACUACCACCAAGGCUGAAUUCACCAGCACUAUCAAUAGACUUACGUUCGUAACCAUUUUUCUUCUUGUCUAUUACAAUCACGCCUCAAACAACUUCAUGAUUCAUUUGCUACCAUCCCGGUAGCAUAAAGUUCUUGGAAGGUGCAAGUGCCUAGAGUUCCAAUAGUCCACACUGAAGUCUAUAUUCAAUAUGAAAAGUUUCAAUGUUCGCUGAACUUGAUGUAUCAAACGGAUCCAAUACAUCAGAUGCUUCCAAUUUAUAAAAUAGAUCCAGUUUGUAUUAGGGGUUCAAGAACCAAAGAGCCUUUCUUUCUCAGAUUGCUGUCUUAAUUAUUAAAAGUACAGGAUAGCUAGGAUCUGUGAAGAUUGGAACUAGGGGCAUCAAGUAAAUGUACAAUUUAACUAACUGUUUGAAGACUAUUCGUUACUUAUCUGUUCAUCGCAAGAUGGGCUCUAAGUUACAUCUCGAUGUUCACAUUUCGUCUGGUUGGCCUUCGAAUCUCGGCAAAAUUACGACUCAAUUACUUGAAGGCUUUGUUCAGCUUACCCGUUGGCGUCCUUGACACUCUACCUAGUGGGCAAGCCUCAAAUACAAUCACGACCACUGCAAAUAUAUUGCAAGUUGGCAUUUCCGAGAAACUGGGAACCAUUUUACAGUAUUUUGCACUGCUGAUCACAGCAGUUAUCAUCGCAUUCACCUACAGCUGGGCGUUAACUUUGGUGACCAGCUCAGUUCUUAUAUUUAUUUCGUUGGUCUAUGGUUAGUGUCUUCUCUUCGCUAAAUAUAUGCCUUCUGUAUCCUUGCCAUUUUUCUUUCCUCCGCACCACUGAUACGCUGAUGAUAGGAAGCGUUAUUCCAGUUGUCAUCAAAAUGACAAAAGAUAUCGAGCAUGCCGACGAGAAGGCCUCUGGAAUAGCAGGUGAAGUUCUUGGGUCAAUACGGAUGAUUGUAGCGUGUGGUGCCGAGAGUCGGAUUGCGAAGAAGUAUGCAGGAUGGGUUGAAGAAUCUCGUAGACGAACACUGAAAAAGAGUCCUUGGAUUGGUGUUCAAUUCGCACCACGUAUGUGUUUCCAAUGAAAAAUUGCCAUCAUUCAUCUGCUAAUAAUACUCCAGUCAUGUUUGCUAUCUAUGCGUAAGUCAAUAUCUCUCCUGUCUCUUUUGGCUAUGAUAAGUGUAGAUUUUGCACUAAUUUCUUCCAUCCAUAUGCCCCAACGUUCAACUGACUUCCCCCCCCUAGUACUAUGGCAUUGUGCUUUUGGUUUGGAUUUAGGCUCUUCUCAGAGGGGCAUAUAGAGAACGUCGGAACUAUUUUGAUUGUACUGAUGUCUGUGGUGAUGAUCGCGAUGGCAGUGAGUCAAACAGCUGCGCCCAUCAUUGCUGCUGGUAGCGCAGCGAGCGCAGCUACGGACUUUUUUGCAGUAAUCGACACACCUAGACCUGAUACAAGUGGUCUGAAAGAGCCCGAGGUAUCGCCCCGUGAAGAUAUUGCCCUAGAAUCCGUCACUUUCGCCUAUCCGAGCAGACCUCAUGUUAAGGUUCUCGAUAACUUGUCGAUGAGGUUUGAAUCUGGUAAGAUUACAGCUAUCGUGGGAGCGUCUGGAUCAGGCAAGAGUACAAUCGUGGGUUAGUUUAUCGUUCUGAUUUUUAGAUCCAGUUUUUAAUUUUUCAUUUCUUAAAAAACAUGUCUCAAGUGAACAUGUUGUAUCUUACAACAAACAUGUCUCACAUACGUCUUUUAGAAACAUAUACCUUAUAUAUGUAAAUCUUACAAGAGCCAUCACUGACCCCAGCACUAGGCCUCUUGGAAAGAUGGUAUAAUCUAGAGCAGCAAGGGAUAGUAAUUCCACCAAGCGCUAUGAAAGACAAGAAAAAGAUAAAAAGAAGACGAGUCAAAAACACUUGAAGAAUACGACGAGAAGCAGGAUCCAGUGGCUCUCUCCGGUAUUAUAUUAUGUGGAAACCAUGAGUUGAGAUCCCUCGACCUCAAAUGGUGGAGAACACAGAUUGGUCUUGUCCAGCAAGAGCCAUUCAUAUUCAACGAUACGAUAGCCAAGAAUGUUGAAUUUGGCUUGAUUGGUUCACAAUGGGAACAUGAAGAUGCGGACAUGAAGAGGAAGCUUGUCAUAGAGGCCUGUAAAGAAGCUUUUGCUGAUGAGUACAUUACUAAAUUGCCAAUGGGAUAUGAUACUCAAGUUGGUGAUGCCGGUAUUAAGUUGAGCGGCGGACAGAGACAAAGGCUAGCCAUCGCUAGGAGUAUCAUAAAACGACCGAAGAUUUUGAUUUUAGAUGAAGCCACUAGCGCAAUUGACGUAAGAGGAGAGCAGAUCGUUCAGGCAGCCUUAGAUAAAGUUAGCGAGGGUAGAACAACGAUCACGAUAGCUCACAGACUUUCAACGAUCAAAAAGGCCGAUAAGAUUGUGGUUUUGAAGAAGGGAAAACUCGUCGAGGAAGGAACUCAUGAGGAAUUACUUUCUAAUACAGACGGCGUAUACAGUGCUCUCGUCAAUGCCCAGCAAUUGUCUCUGGGGGAAGUUUACCAAGAUGAGUCUAACCUGGUGGAAACAAUGGAUCCCUUGAUACGCGAAAUGAGUGUAGCGGAGAAGGAGAAGGAAGAAAAUAAAGCAGUGCCAUACAAAGCCAAGGGUCUCUCCACUAGCCUGGGACUUUUCCUCUAUGAGCAACGCUCCCGGUGGCACUGGUACCUAAUGCUCUUGGCAGGCGCUGUAGCUGCUGGCGCCGCGUAUCCACUUCAAGCCUAUCUUUUCGCACAAAUUAUUUCAGUGUUUUCGUUAACUGGAUCCAAACUCAAGGCUGCUACAGAGCACUCCUCAUUGAUGUUCUUCAUUCUUGGUUUAGGGGCUGGGGUGGCCUGGUUUGUCAUGGGCUAUUCCUCGACUAUCAUAUCCGGUCACAUCACUUCCAUAUACCGUCAAGAGUAUUUUGAGAGCAUUUUGCAGAAGCCAAUUGCUUUUUUUGACGCAGAGGAAAACUCUAGUGGUGAGCUUACAGGUCGUGUUGCCAAUGAUCCGACACAGUUACAACAACUGCUUGGAAUCAAUAUGGCCAUGGUUCUCACAGCACUUUGUAACAUCGCUGGCUGCAUCAUUAUCGCCUUCGUCUUCGGCUGGAAGCUAACUUGCGUGGUGGCAUUUGUUGCUCUCCCUAUAAUGAUAUGUAGCAGCUUUUACCGCAUCCGUUAUGAGAUUCGGUUUGAAAAGAUGAACCAAGCCGUCUUCGCAGAGAGUUCUAAAUUCGCGGCUGAAGCAAUUUCUGCCUUUAGAACCGUUACCUCCUUGACGUUAGAGGAUAUGAUUUGUCGCCGUUACGAUGAACUGUUAAAAUGGCAUGUGAACGGCCAUGCUAAGAAAAGCAGAUAUUCGUCGAUUAUCUUUGCCGCCAGUGAAAGUUUGGGAUUAGGCUGUAUGGCUUUAGCAUUUGUAAGUUUCUCUUUUUAGCCCAGGGUGUCCAGGCGCCAGUUCAAAUGCUGGAAAUCCCUGGUUCAUUGAAUUUUAACAUAAACUAACAUGAAUUAUCUCUCAGUGGUAUGGCGGUACCCUCCUUGCUUCAAGAGAAUAUGGACCUAUCAAUUUUUUUGUGGUCUAUAUGGCUCUAAUAAACGGUGCUGAGAGCGCUGGAAGUCUUUUGAGUUUUGGUCCUAGUUAGUGUUCUGAUAUGACCACCCCUUUCUCUCCGUUACUGAUAUUGCAAUAGAUAUGGCACAAGCAACAGCAGCAGCAAACAGAAUAUUGAGCUUCAGAGUACCGGCAGACAUAGCUGGCAAAUCGGCAUCAAAAAUCCAGAAUGCAGAGGGCGGAGUCAAGAUACAACUGAAAGAUGUUUGGUUCAAGUACCCUACUCGAGACGUUCCAAUAUUCACUGGUUUAAAUAUCACGGUAAGUCGAUGUUUUGUGUCUUUUGACAACGAUUCUAACCAUUAACAUAGAUUAAGAAAGGCCAAUUUGCUGCUUUGGUCGGACCUUCAGGCUGUGGAAAAACAUCGAUCGGUAAUUUUGCAUUUGUCAAUUUAUAGAGACAACGUACUAAAAAGAAAUAAUAGUCGGUCUGCUUGAAAGAUUUUAUGAUAUCCAGAAAGGCAAGAUAUUCUGCAACGACACGGAUAUUUGUGAGAUUAAUAUCCAUGAAUACCGGAAGAUGAUCUCGCUCGUAGCGCAGGAGCCGACCUUGUUUGAAGGUACAAUCAAAGAAAAUAUCUAUUUGGGUAUUGACGAGUCGACCCCGGAAGAAACCCUUCACCGAGUCUGUCGUGAUGCUGAGAUUCACGACUUUAUCAUGUCUCUCCCUGAUGGCUACAGUACCAACGUCGGCACCAAGGGAAUCGCUCUGUCAGGAGGGCAAAAACAACGAAUAUCGAUAGCUCGUGCGCUCAUCCGCGACCCCAAGAUUCUCCUUCUUGAUGAAGCUACAUCAAGUCUAGAUUCCGAGAGCGAGAAACUGGUACAAGCAGCAUUUGAAAGAGCGGCAACUGGUAGAACAAUGGUCGUGGUAGCCCAUCGACUGGCUACGGUGCAGAAUGCAGAUGUGAUUUUUGUGCUGGGGGAAGGAAGUGUGUUAGAGGUAGGAGAUCAUGCGGCAUUAUUGAGGAAGAAAGGCGUUUAUUAUCAAAUGGUAAGUCUUGAAACUUUCCUUAGAUCACCCAACGGUAACGGCUUUCUUGUACUUACAUUUCCUAGUGUCAAUCUCAAGCACUCGACCGAUAGGCGAGUGGGACGCAGGGAGUAAAUAUUUUAACUCGACUCAUUUACAUUAGGGGGUAUCGCUCUCUAAAUAUACAAUUGGGUAAAGGGCGAACCAAUUCCACUUAGACCCUGUACGACAACGAUGUGUACUUCUAGAAUUAUCUCACAUAUUCAUCAACCUAUGAGCUGGCAUUUUGAGCUCGGCAAGGUUGCAGUGCAUAUCUUGUGCAUUGUGUGCAUAAACUGACACGUAUAUGUAGAUCAUGCCUAUUUCCAUGCCUUCUCAUAGGACAAAUUUUUG